AACUUGGGAUAGGGAAGAAAGGCGGUUUUCUUUAUGCAAUCUCACUUCUCUUCUGUGAAUGUUGACAUUGUAAACUUCACCACUGGCUAAUAUUGUUUACCAGACGACUGACGCUCUUUUCAGGAGUUAAAUGAACUUGUAUCCGUAGAGCUCAGCUGUAAACAUCAUCAAUUGAAGGUCAUAACAGCAUAAUGGAAACUGAUGAUGUUAUAACUGUCCAUCAAUGUGUUGUUUGUGACGAGAUUUAUAAAGAAUAUGAUGAUAUAGAAAAACAUUCCAAAGUACAUAUUAAAGAAGAGAAAGUGGAUGAUGUAGAUGAAUAUUGUCAUGUUAAAGAAGAGAAAACAGAUGAUGUUGAUGAAUAUUGUCAUGUUAAAGAAGAAAAAACUGAUGAUGUAGUUGAAUAUUAUGAUGUUCAUUUUGAAGAAGAGAAAACUGAUGAUGUAGAUGAAUAUUGUCAUGUUCAAGAAGAGAAAACUGAGAUACAAAGCCGAGAUGGAUCUAAGAAAUGUCACAUUUGUGGUAAAUGCUUUGUUAAAAGUUAUUGCUUGCAAAUUCAUAUGAGAAUUCAUACUGGCGAGAGAACUUGUAAAUGUGAUGUUUGUGGUAAAUCAUUUAUUCAUAGUAAUGGUCUACAGCAGCACAUGAAAACUCAUUCUAAAGAAAACUCUUGUAGUAAAUCAUCCGUAAAAGAGUGUCAGCUUCAACAUUCUGAAGAAACCUCUUGUAGUAAAUUAUACAUAGAAGAGUGUCAGCUUCAACAUUCUGAAGAAACGUCUUGUAAUAAAUCAUACGUAGAAGAGUGUCAACUUCAACUUUCUGUAGACAAAUCAUAUCAAUGUGAAGUCUGUAGUAAAUCAUUCACCAGGAACGGUAAUCUAAAGACACACAUGAAAAUUCAUACUGGUGACAAGCCAUAUAAAUGUGAUGUUUGUAGUAAAUCAUUUAUAAGGAAUACUUAUCUACAGUCACACAUGAGAACACAUACAGGAAUAAAAGACUUUAAUUGUGAUGAUUGUGGUAAAUCAUUUGCUCAAAAUUCUACUUUACAGAACCACAGGAGAAUUCAUACCGGUGUAAAACCAUAUAAAUGUGAUGUUUGUAGUAAAUCAUUCACCACUAAAACUAGUCUACACUCACAUAUUAGACUUCAUACCGGAGAAACACCCUAUAAAUGUGAUAUUUGUGGUAAAUUAUUUGGACAAAAACGUCACCUUCAAAGACAUAUGUUGAUUCAUACUGAAGAAAUAUCAUAUAAAUGUGAGGUUUGUUGUAAAUCAUUCACCAUGCAUAGCUCUCUGCGAUAUCACAUGAAAAUGCAUACUGAUGAAAAAACCCAUGUGUGUCAUUUUUGUGGUAAAUCAUUUAUUACAAACAGUAGACUACAGUCACACAUGACUAUUCACACCGGAGUAAGGCCAUGUAAAUGUGAUGUUUGUGGUAAAUCAUUUAUUUCCAACAGUAGACUACAGUUACACAUGCGAAGUCAUACUGGCGAAAAACCUUAUAGAUGUGAUGUUUGCAGUAAAUCAUUUUCUAACCCCAGUCAUCUAAAGACACAUCUCAGAAUUCACACUGGAUUAAAACCUUAUAAAUGUGAUGUUUGUGGUAAAUCAUUUAGAGAGAAGGGUCAUUUUCGUGAGCACAUGAGAAUUCAUACUGGCGAGGUUCAUACUAGAAAUAAACCUUUCAAAUGUGAUGUUUGUAAUAAAUCAUUUAUCAGAAGUAGUUAUAAGGCGAGGCAUAUGACCCUUCAUACCGGUGAAAAACCCUAUAAAUGCGAUGUUUGUAAUAAAUCAUUCACUCGGGGUAGUUAUAAGAAGAUACACAUGACGCUUCAUACUGGAUUAAAGCCAUAUAAAUGUGAUGUUUGUGAUAAAUCAUUUACUACGCAAUGUGGUCUACAGAAACACAUGAGAAGAAUGAAAGGGAAAAACCAUAAUAAAUCAUUUACAGUGAAGCUAGAACUAUUGUCUUCAGCCACACCAGAAAUCACAUGAGAAGAAUGAAAGGGAAAAACCAUAAUAAAUCAUUUACAGUGAAGCUAGAACUAUUGUCUUCAGCCACACCAGAAAUCACAUGAGAAGAAUGAAAGGGAAAAACCAUAGUAAAUCAAUUACAGUCACACCAGAAAUCACAUUGUAAAUAGUAAAAUAAAACCUGUAGAAUAUCAAUGUAGUUACAGUUCGACUCAUUUGUGGUAUAAGAUUCACAUUGGCGUGCACGUAAAAGAUGCCUUGACAGUUGGAAUUCGGUAUAAGAGUAGGCUGUAGUGCCGCUGCCUGGGCAAAAUUUCCCUCAUAGCACACUGUCUUUAUUAGCCCAGUUCGAAACAGAACAGUAGGACGUUAAACCCCUUUUAAUUUUAGUAUAAGAUUAUGGUACGGGGAUCACGUGGCUAAGUGGGUAAGACGCUAGCUCGCUAGCCUGGAGGUCGGGUGUUCUAUCCCUGCAUUGGCCGAGAAAGUCCAUCCAGAUUUUCCGGCGUGGUUCUCCCAUGUCAGUGAUGCAGGGC